GGCUCCCUAUGGAGCGCCCGUGCGGACCUCCCGGGAGCCGCGCUGCUGCCUGCGUGCCGCCGUCAGCGGGACCCGCCGUGCCGGCACCGAGCGGCACCGCGCGGCACCGAGCGGGCACGGGCAUCGCCUUCUCCCGCACCGCCCUUCCCGUCAGCGUGCAUCUCCUCCCGCGGUCCGACGGGCAGCAUGAGGGUGAGCCUGAGCGUCCUGUCGCUGCUCGUGGCUCUGGUGGGAGCCUCCAGCUUCGUCUUCCUCGUGGUGGCCAUCGCGACGGACUUCUGGUACAUCAUCGAUGCCUCCCGCCUGGAGACGGCCGCCAACGGCACGGCCGCGCUCAGCUCGCACUCGGGGCUCUGGCGGACCUGCCGGCUUAGGAGCAAAUGCUACCCUCUGAUCAACCCCUUCAGGCACGAGAAUGCAAACAUCACCGACUCACACCGACAGCUCCUAUACAUGCAUGGGACGUUUGUCAUUCUGAUGCCUCUGAGCCUGAUACUGAUGAUUUUUGGAGGAAUGACUGGAUUUAUCAGUAUUCUUGCCAGGGCAUAUCUGCUGCUUCUAAUGACUGGUCUGCUUUUUCUUUUUGGAGCUCUGGUUACACUUACCGGGAUUGGAGUCUACAUUGCAUAUUCAGCUGCUGCCUUUGAAGAAGCUGUCUGCCUCCUGAGGAGUAAGGAUGUCCUGGUAGAAAUCGACAUCAGGUUUGGCUGGUCUCUGGCACUGGUCUGGAUCUCUUUUGUCGCAGAAGUGAUCACUGGGGCUGUGUUUCUCCUGGCAGCAAGAGUCGUCGGCCUGAAACGGCAGCGUGAGCAGGAGUUAUGAACAGCAGGUAUCAUUGCAACAACAGAAAACUCUGAAACGUGGAUUCCUUGGUUUGGUUUGGUCUGGUCACUAGGGAGAAUAAAAAUGGCAAGACUGUGACUGAGUAACUUGCCAGCUGCCAUAAACUCCUCAAUAUUGUCUACAAAAUAGAAAGAUUCUGAUAAAUCAGUAACAUUUCUAGUGUUGUCAGCAAGAAAACCUUUGUGACUUUAGAAGAAAUCAUGCUGCACUAUCAGUGUUUCUGAAACAACUUCAGCAGGCAGCUCAUGCAGCAUCAAUACAUGUUAUUUAGAAAAUUUUUGCUUUCUCUUCUUUCUGCUAUCCCUGAUUACCCUGCAGAACAGUCUGCAUGGUCCACUUUGCUCUUGGUUCCCCUUCAGAUACUCCUGAUACGUAUGCUAGGUAGCCUCUACCACAUGUGAUAUAUGAUGCUUAUAUACCUGAAGCCAGGUAAUGAGCGUGGAGGCUACAUGUAUUCAAUUCAUACUGCACACUUAAUGUGGCUUUGUUGUUCAAAAUAAAAUCAAAUGUAAAGGUCCAGAAUAAGAACUUCACAGUAUUUGGAGAAAUUCAGUGAUCAUCUCCAGCACUACAGCAUGGCUAGGACAUCCAAUCCAUGUGCACCUUCCACGUUCAUAGGAUCUUUCUGUUGUGUCUCCCUGAAGAGGCUAUUCUCUCUCUUCUACCACUAUCACACUAUUUCUUUGUGAAGACACACAAAAAUGUGACAGUUUGAGAGACUGGAGAACUCCAGAAGCCUACUUUAUGCCAGCUAUGUGCGUUGGCUAAGGAAUCACAAUCACAGAAUUGUAGGGGUUGGAAGGGACCUCCAGAGAUCAUCGAGUCCAACCCCCCUGCCAAAGCAGGUAAAACACAGCUUCACGUUAUUUAUUCAAAAAUCAUUACUUAAAGGCUGAAAACAAAGAAAUGAAUCAUUUUCUAAAACUGAGCUUUGGUGCUGUAAAAAAUAAUACAAAAAAUGAAGGCCUAGAAACUGUGAAUGACUUAACACUAGUUAUCCUCCAGACAGCAUUGACUGUGGCUGUGAAGCUCUUAAGGGCAGUGAAAUGGUGAGUGUUGUAUUUCAAGAGAAAGCUACAGCUGCUUCUCUGGAUGUUUUAAGAAAAGACUGCAGCCAGCCCACAUCUGUCUGAUGCUCCCAUCACAUAGAUGCUACCCAUCUCUUCCAGCUUUUUAUCAGCUUUUUCUUCAAUUCUGUAAUGCAGAAGAUGCAACUGAUACAUUUCCCAGUUCAUACUUUGCAAACCUGAUGCUUUAAUUUCAUAAAAGCAAUAACACGUUUGUGCUAGAAUGUGUUUAAUUUGUGCUGGAAGCUGCUGAGUAAAACCAAGCACACGGGAUGCCUGAACUUCAUCUUAAGAACUAAGGAAUCUAGAUUUUCUUAAUUAUUUUUUUCAUUCAAAUGUUGGUAAUAACAUUGAAGAGAAAAUUUACUCCAGUGCCCACUGCAGUUAGUGAAGAAGUUUUUCCUGACUGCUGUGGCCCGGGGUAAAGAGCUGAAUGUACUCUCAGCUCCACUACAGAUCCAGAUCAUGGUCAACUUCUGCAUCUUACAGUUCAAGACUGUGACUCAGGAACUGCACCAGCUGGGCACACUUUCAGUGAGCAAGUUCCUUGUGCUUCCUUCAGGAGAGUAGGGCAUCACUUACUUCUGUUCAACACUGGCACAAUGUUAUCGCUGCCUUUUGCUAAAAAUUGGGCAUCUGUGCUCCGAUCCUAGUUCCACAGUACCAAGUUUCUUACGGAAAAUGAUGGCAGAGAGCUUCCAGCUUGCAGUCUUUGAAUAUAAAGGGAAGUGUUACUACAGUGCUCUGAAUGGAGAACUGAGGCAGACAAACUGCCAAGGUCCACUGAAACCAGAGCUUCUGAUCCCCAAUCUAAAACCUUGGUUGGCAGAUUUUUUCUUAUUAUCAGAAUGAAACAAGGUUAGAAAUCCCAACCAGGCUGCGCAGCAGAAGCUCUGCUAAUAGCCAGUACCACUUCUACUUCCCCAUUUCUCCCACACUGAUUUUCCAUGACGCCUUGUGCUGGCACUGUGUAAUGGAGUCAUUUUACAAGUUAAAGCUGACUAAAUCAGCUCUAUAAGAAGAUUAAAGAAAAAUCCUUCAUAGUAAAUAUUCCACGUGCUUAAAUGAAUUAUGUAAGAUGUAAUUCUUCAAUGUUUUGGUGCUGGUGAAGUUAUUUAAUGUAAUAUGACCGUGUAACGUCAGUCAGACAUUACUGUAAGCUGUAAUAGUAACCUAUCAUCCCAGUUAUUAGUGAAUGUUUAUCACAAAGGUUGUUUUACAGUGCUUUUGGAUUGUGUAAAACUAAGUAAAAUGACAUCUCUGAGCUAGGAAAUAUUUGAAAAGACGUGGAAGAACUAAGAAAUAAUUUUUAAGUCCUUCUGCAGAUCUAUUUGACAGUUUACAGGAUGCUUUUGACGUACCUGUGUUGCAUGUGGUAGAUAUUUAUAAGAUACUUAUGCAGCUACAAUAUACAAUUCAACCUAAUUAGAAAGCCAACGUAUAUGUUAUUGAAUUAAAGCAAUUCUCAUUUCCAUGACUUUCCUAGAUUUCACAUUCUGCCUUCCUGCAAUA